AACUGGGGUCAACUUGUAUCUCAAUGAUCCCCAGAGUCCAGUAAACUGAAAGGAGGAAGUCAGUCAGUGAGAGAGAGAGGGAGGGGCACAGCAGUAGUUUUGUUUCGAUUAGGACUUGAGCGAGCGCAAAAACAGAGAGAGACAGAGAGAGAGAGAGACAGAAAGACAGGGAGAGAGAGAGAGAGAGAGAGACAGAGACAGAGAGAGAGAGACAGAGAGAGAGAGAGAGAGAGACAGAGAGAGAGAGAGACAGAGAGAGAGAGAGACAGAGAGAGAGACAGAGACAGAGAGAGAGAGAGAGAGAGACAGAGAGAGAGACAGAAAUCGGGAUUGAUAGACUGACUGACAGAGAUUGAGAGAAAGGCCAGGGGGUGGUGAGUGUGUGUCUGUGAUAGAGAGAGAGAGAGAGAGAAAGAGAGACAGAGAGAGAGAGACAGAGAGAGACACAGAGACGAGGAGAGACAGAGAGAGACAGAGACACAGAGAGAGAGAGAGAGAGAGAAAUAGAGAGAGGGAGAGAGAGGGAGGGAGGGAGAGAGGGUGGUGGAGGAGAGGAAAGGAGACCUCCCCCAGUGGCAGGGGUUUUGAAAAGCCCCCAAACACCCCCAACGGUGGCAGCACCAGCCUCAGGCCGAUGGAAAUCACUCUCCUCCUGUUGGCAAGUGGAGUCCCCUUGGGACAGGGCUUUAACAUGAUGCAGUUCCUACUCGCCGUCGGGAAGCCGGGCCAGUUGACCACGUUACGGUUUGCCUACGAUGGGACCGAUGUCCUUCAGUUUAACUACAGCAGCGAGAGGUUCGAGCCGCUCCACCAGGCAGCGCAGCCCUUUGCGCAGCAGUUCAACCAAAACCCAGACAUGCUGAGGAGCUACCGACGCCACAAGGACUACGCACCCCUCAUCACCAAAACCAUCGUCAACGUGGCACAGGGGCUGGCAGCCAAACCUUCUGUUACUAUCCGCACGCGCCGCAUGACAAGCAGUAGUGAGCCUCUCCUCCUGAGUUGCCACGUGAAUGGUUUCUAUCCGCGGGAUAUCAACAUCAGCUGGCUGCUGAAUGGCGCUGCCCUCGAACAGGCACACACCAGCACCACUUUACCCAAUGCAGAUGGCACCUUUCAGCUCAUGGGGCACAUCGGCAUUGUUCCCAGGAACGGUGACACAUACACCUGCCAAGUGGAGCACAGCAGCAGUUCAGACAAACUCACGGCCAACUGGGAAUCGACGGUGAAACUCUGGCCAUCUGGCGGAUACGCUAUCGGGAUAAUCUUUGGAAUUAUUGGCAUCAUCUGUACUGUGACCGGCAUGGUUGGCCGACGGCUAGGGCACCAUGCCAGGACCAACCAGAACCAACGCAACGCCCACUCAGAGGGUAGCUCGGGCAUCACUGGCGCAGGGAGCUGCGCACAGGCAGAGGCAGAACGCCUGUACGGGGCAGGUGACCGGCAUCCCAGUCCCACUGACAUCGACCUGAGUCAGUGCUGAGGAGGGGGUGCAGCAUUUCCAGCGUCUUGACUACACAUAAGGGGAAGGCGGAUGCCCAGAUAAAACUGCUCCAUUUUAACCGAUAAGAUUUCUGCUGCCUAGGAUGAAGAUACAGGAGGAACGAGUUUGUAAAAUAAGGAGGGGGAGGGAUACAGUUAGUGUUAGAUUUCAAGCCUGGAGGGGGCACACUUCGAAGGUGAGAUUUUCAACAAGCCAGGAAGGGGGCAAAUUUUUUCGCGCAGAGGGCAGUUCGUGAGCACAAUGAACUUCCUGAGGUACAUGGACAGCAAAGGUUUGGAGGGAUAUGGGCCAGAAGCAGGUGGACAGGACUAGUUUCAGUUGGGAUUAUGAGUCAGCAUGGACUGGGUGGACCGAAGGGCCUGUUUCCUUGCUGUAUGACGCACAUCGCUGUUGAGAUGUGUUUUUGAGAAUUUGUAUUUGAAGGAUUGUCACGCGUUUGAAAAUUUUUUUCCUUCAAUGAAGGACAUAAUUUUGUCAUCAGAGACCCCUUUGGUAAGUGAUGUCACACAAGCUAAUUCCUCGGGCCCGUCCGCUGGAAAUCUCACGUCUGGGCUCAUGGUGGUCAAAAGCGAUUACUUGCUUGGGAGAUUGCCACCCGCUGAGGGAGAGAGAGGAGCUACAGAACUGAAACACCAUCCCGUCUGGGGAAACAUUGCUGGAGCAUUCCCGAUUUCCUUUGAGUUGUUGCCAAUUUCCCAGAGACAACUGCCCUGUGCCCGGCGACAUCGAAGAACCAACAAUUUUGGCUAAAGUGCUUACUUAUUCGGAAAAAGAGUUUUCGUGCAAAAGGCCGCCUUUUCCCGAGCUAUUCCUUCCAUCCUCGUGUUAUCAGUUCUCUGGAUCAGGUGGAUUGAGGGGUAUUCAUUGGAGGGGUCAGUAUUUAAGGCUGGAGAUACUUUUGUCCCUUGGAAGCUAACAUUUCCGUCCCCCUCACAAUAAAAUCCCAUGUGACAAUGCUGUGGUUUUAAGAGUUAUUUCGUCCUGUCCUUUCGUUUGGAAGUUGGGGGGUGGGGAGGGUGCUGGCUAGUAAAAACCCAUAAACCAAACAGCUUGGGUUUCUUUGUAAAAUGAAGCAUUGGAACAUUAGAAGCAGCCUGGCCGGGUGUGGCCGGCUCUCACACACCAGGAUUCUGAUUUUGCGUUUUUAAGGUUGGCGUUAAGCUGUUGGACCUCCGAGGGGGCAGAAGUAGUGGAAGCUAUCUUUCUCCUCUCUGGUUUUCACCCAGAAACUGGGGGUGGGGUGGGCCAGGUUUCUCUCUGCUCCUGGGCUACCUGCGAGAUAAACCUUGAUGUCUGAUUUUGCCAAGGGGUGUGCAUUUAAGGGAAUAGUUAUUGCGUCUAUUGUUCAGUUAAGUUUGCUGAUAAGAGUUAAGUUAUCCUAAAUUCUUUUAUCUCUUGCUGUAUUUUAACUGCGGUGUUCCAAUAAACUGUGU